AUGUCUGAGGGAACCCACCCCUCACUCCAGCGCUUCUGUGCACCUCUCCCCCGCCUCUUUUCCCGAAAGCCACAACCACUUACGACCAUAUCCCCAAUCUCAGAAAAACACCCUGAACCAACCAGCAGCGCUAGCAGCAUCACUAGCAUCGCCACCACGACUACCACGACUACCACUAACAACAACACUACCUUCUGCAUCCCCACGCUUCCAAACCUCCGCCACCGCAGCAAAAAGUCCCAGCACACCAUCAUCUACGGUCUCCAAACCCUGCACCACGAACUCGCAGGCCUUAAAAACGUCAGCAAAAUGCACUGGCCCCAAUACGCCAAUCCCGCAGUCAACCGUGCUCGUGCGAUAGCCCAGAAGCAACAGGAGGAGUGUCACAGGGAGUAUAGGGAGGUGAAUGCUAAGGAUCAGGAGGAGCUUGAGCUACUAGAAGAACUAGAGGAAGCGUUGCUAAUGCUUGAGGGGUGGAAGUGCUUUAGUAGGAUGCAUGGACUGCCGGUGGAGAGGUUCGAUGUUUUAGGGGCGUAUGGGUUUGGGGUCAGGAAGGAGGAUGGAGUGAUUGUGAGGCUUUAA